AUGGACGAGAUGGAAUUCACAGAGGCCGAGAGCAACAUGAACAAUCUUGUUUCGGAGUACCAGCAAUACCAAGACGCAACCGCAGAUGAAGAAGAUUGGUACCCAAUCAACCGGAUAAAUGUGUAUUCGAAGCCCGACACGCUUACCUUUCUUAGUGAGAAGUUAAGAGGCACUAAAGAGUUAGACAUCAUCAUCAACUCCUGUUUUGGGAAGUUAUUCACUUUCCCCGCUGCUCGAUGUCAAAUAUCGUGUAAACUGAUCCACGUGUUGAUGUCCAGACAGUUGGUCACCAAGAAGAAGUAUGAGAUGUGGACAGUUUUUGGUGGACACCCCUUAAGAUUUGGGUUAAAGGAGUUUGGGCACGUCAGUGGAAUGCCGUGUGGAGAGUUCCCAGAUGACUACGAUCCUGACGAUCAACCAACAAAUGUCAAAAGGGUUGAUCCUUUCUGGAAGGAACUUAUUGGAAAUGACAAGAAAACCACGUUGGGAGAUAUAGGCGAGAUGAUUGUUAACGAUAAAAAAAUGUCAUCAGAGAGACGUCUUAAGCUAGCCCUUUUGUUAAUUGUCGACGGUGUUCUGAUAGCAAACACACAGGUGCAUAAGCCAACCUUGAAAUACAUGAAGAUGUUGGAGGAUUUGGAUAGUUUUUUUGCGUUUCCAUGUGGACGUGAGGCAUUUCUGAAAACAAUUUCUUGUAUGAUACCAGCGAGGAGGGUUAAAGGCAAAUGCGAAGAUCCAGUUGGAGACUUUCGCCAGCUUUUGCGACAGGCGACAUUUAGAAUGCAAGGGUGUCCACUAAUCCUCCAACUUCUAGCUUUUGAUGCUGUGCCAAGACUACCUGCAAGAUUGCCUUUUGACAAUGAGCACCCUACUUUACUUGAGUGGAAGGGUGUGAAGCUCCGUACGAACGAGUCUUUGUCUUACACUGAUGUUCUUGAUGUUGAGUUUGAUAGGGAGGUUGAGAAAUAUAAGGAGGGGGAAGUGGAUGAGCAAUCCGAUGCAGUGGGCAGAGGCGGUGGGCUGGAGGAAUUGGACAGCGUUGAAUGUGAACAUGCAAAGUUAAACAUUCAGCGGGAAGAAAUGGUUGUCGUCAGUCCUAAAAAUCAGAAACUGUUAAGUUCUGAUAUUGACUUGUACGCUGGGGUAGAGCAGCGUUUAGGGGAAGUACUUGAUUGUUCAACGCCUGCGUUUGGACGGAUGCAGGACGAAGCUGCAAGAGCUGAGGUUAGCGCCCAGGAAGGAUCGCCAACUCAUAUAAUUGCCUAUGUCAUUGGGAACCUGGAUAAGGAAAUGGUGGAUGAACAGGCACAGUUAGGGAAUAAUAGUGAUUUGAAAGAGUUUAAGAUUAUUCCGGAGUCAAAAGGCGGGUUGAACAAUGAUGUAUCUGGAUUUUGCGCUGAUGGUGAAACUGCAGUUGAAAAACUAGAGGAUGAGCGUGUGGGUGAUGAAACCAACGGUGAACAAACAAAGGCGGCAGAGGUAGAAAAGUCUGAUGCAUGUUUUCAAAGAGAAGUCGAUUUAACAUUUGCUGAAUGGAAAGACCCGAAGGAUGGUGUGAAAGAGAAAGAUGCGGAGCAAACACGUACAAUAAACGAAAAAACGGAUGUGGGUAUAGUGGAAGAACCAGGUGAAAACGUACUUGUUAGUAUUGAAAAGGAGAUAGCGCAGUGUGAAGAUACCGAAGGAGCUUUGCAUGAUAUUGUGAAGUCUUCUGUGGUUAGCGAUAUAUGGAUACCGGCUAGUGGUGCAAUGGAUAAGGCGAAUUUAGAAGAUCGCGAAAGCGAAUCGGAAGAUGGGAAUGCAAAGGGGGUCGCAGCAGGGUCACCGACCAAUAGCGAGAGAUCGUUCUUAUCGCUGAGUGAUUCAUCUCCCCCACCACAAGCUCUGAAGUAUAGCCCAUCAGAGGGAGAGAUGGAGCUAAUUGGAUUGUUAAGUAAGCGGUCGUUAUAUCCUGGUGAUCUUUUACCAACAUGUGAUCCGGAGCACUAUGAAUUGUUUCUGAAAACACUGUCUGCGAACAAAAAAUGGGAACACGUGACCAAUAGCGGAUGCAUGGUGGACAAUUUGUUUUUUUUGGACUUGGCGGACCAACAGAAAUGGAUAGGAACUCAUCAUAUGGAGUUUAUGAUGGCAUUACUUGGAAAUAGGCAUGAGCGAGUUUUGGAAAUUGAGCACGGUUGUUUUGCGUCCCCGUGGUUGAUAAACCAUAUAGUUGGGAAAUCAAGGUCAUAUCUGAAAGCGAAAGAUCGGAAGAAGCAUAGGUGGGAUGUCCAAAUUAAGAAAGCUGUACAGUUGCCCGGAAAACGAUGGAUGGAGGACGUGGACACCAUCUAUGUACCCAUGUGUUGGAACAAUGAGCACUGGGUCGGUCUGGCUAUACACCUAAAACUGUGGUGCGUGGAGAUUCUUGACCCGCUACCGUCACUUAACUGCGACCGGAAGGUGACACGAUACAUGGAGCCUGUGGUUGAAUUCCUCCCACACAUAAUCCAACAUCUUUGCCCACAUGAAUCCACAUCCGCUUAUGGGUUAAGCAAAUUUAGAUGGAAUCGUGUGGGAGGUGAUUACGAGAAUGGCAGAGGUGGUGACUGUGGUCCAGUGACAUUGAAGUUUAUUGAAAUUCAUGCUAAUGGAGGUCCCGAUAGAGGAAUGCUAACGGAUGGGAAGGUGGACGCUAUAAGACGGGAGUAUGCUAUGGAUCUAUACAAGGAGCUUAUUGUUCUUUUGUAUUCAGAGAUGUAG